GCUGGACGCUCGGUCGUGCUGACCAGCGCCCGCCAUCGAGGCAACAUCGCCGCCUGUCGCCCAUGAUGCCAGGUCAUAUUCCGCCCGGUGGGCCGUUCCACCAGGGCCGGAAGCAGAUGGAGCACCCAUACCAGUACCACUACGCUCCGCCGCCGCAGACUCACUCGCCCGUCUACCACAACCCAUAUGCGCCCUACCACCACCCCCAGCACUACGGGCCACCCCACGGCUACCCGCAGCAGAUGGCGCACAUGCAGCAGUGGAACCCAUACCACCAGCCACAGCCGCAGCCGCAGCCGCAGCCGCAGCCGCAGCCGCAGUACAAUAUGCCUCCGCGCCAGUUUCAGCCCCAGGUCUCACCCGUCGUCGUCUCCUCGCACCCGCACAUGGCAGGCUUGCCUCCCGUGAACCGUUUGCUCGGCCAGACGCCUCCCAUCGUCCACUCACACACGCCCCCGGUUCAGCGCGUACAUAGUCCUCAGCGUGCGCCGUCCUCGCCGUCGGUCCACUCGCAGAUGCAGGCGCACUCUCCCGCUCCGCCUGCGCACACGACCGUGGCUAGCCCCCCACCUGUCGCAGAGACGAAGCCCGUGCAGACCGCCCCACCACCAACUCCUCCCCAGCCAACGACGUUCAAGCCUUUCUACCCGCCAUUGCCAUGGCUGUCAGUUCCCGACGCAGACUUCCCCGCACGUGCUGCCGGGCGGAGGAGGAGAAAGAGGGGUCCCGUGCCAGCUCAAGAGCAAGGCCUGGCCCUGCCUUCACGCGAGCAGGAUGUACAGAACGAUGUACAGGCUACAGAGGAGGCAGGAAGUGGCGAGCUCGAAUCUGCAGGAGAGCCAGAGGAGUCACAAGCUUCAACCGUCGCCGUGCCCUCCGAUGCUGAGGUCGACACUCCCUCAACCUCGCACCCACCUUCUGAGAUCGACGUACCGUCAGUCCAGCAGCCCACCGCUCAAACAGCUGCUCCUGUCCAAAAGCAUACCCGCAACACAACCAAGCCAGCUGUGCCGCUGAUUCCUAUCAAGCCCGCUAAGGCAGCGAGUGCGGCUUCGACCACACAGAAAUCCGUCAAGUCUCCGCCUGCUGAGAAGCCUCAGCCGGAGGCCAUAGACGAGGCUGCAAGCGCUGAAGAAGCCCCUAAGCCUGCGGCACCUGCAGCACCUGCAGCGCCAAAGUCAUGGGCAGAGCUGCUCAGGGCAAAGAACGCCGCAGCCGCACCACAAGCUCAGACGCAAGCACAACCGCCAGUCGCCCCAAACGGCGUUGUGAGCGCGAAUGGACCAGUGGCGCCCAAGAGCAACUCGCUCGCCGAUGUCCUUGCAUCGUACUCUGUUGAUGCUGAAACGAAGGUGUCUUUCAUCGAACCUCGCGGCCUUGUAAAUACUGGCAACCUUUGCUACAUGAAUUCUGUUCUUCAAGUACUCCUGUUUUGCGCGCCCUUUUAUGAUUUCCUGGACCAGACGGCAAAGCGCGCUGUGCAUAGCUUCAAGUCUGAGACACCUCUCGUUGAUGCGAUGAUUAUGUUUCUGCGAGACUUCAAGGUCAUCGACUCGGCUACUUCGGUUGAGCAGCUUCGCUUGCGUUUGAAGACGGAUGAGUUGGAGCAGUACGGUGACCCUCUGACUCCCGAGUACGUCUACGACACCAUCAGGCGCCUGCCUCGCUUCGAUAACAUGAAACGAGGCUCGCAAGAAGACGCCGAGGAGUUUCUGGGUUUCCUUCUCGCUGGUCUCCAUGAUGACUGCGCUCAUGUCAUCAAGAAGGGCAAGGCCGACGCUGCCCAGAAUGGCACAUCACCAAAGACCGAGCGAUCAGGUUCCGCAGAUGGUGGGUGGCUCGAGGUCACAGCGAAGCAGAAGACCUCGCUUACCCAGUCGUCCGGCGCUGUCGAGGUCGAGACACCGAUCACCAAGAUCUUCGGUGGCAAGCUUCGCUCCGAAUACAAGAAGGCCGGCGAGAAGCCUUCGGUGACCUUCGAGCCUUACCAGCCUCUGCAGCUGGACAUUGGCGAACCACACAUCAACAACAUCUCGGAUGCGUUGAAGAACUUGACUCGUUUGGAGACCUUGGACAGCGCUGUUCGCGGCGCUCGUGCAUCUACUAAGCAGGUCCACAUUGAGACCCUGCCACCGGUUCUCAUUCUCCACCUGAAGCGAUUCCACUACGAUGAGAAGGGCCCACAGAAGAUCUGGAAGAAGAUCGGCUACCCUCUCGAGUUGGAAAUUCCAAAGGAGGUCUUCCCUCAACACAAGCGGGGAGGCUUCCAAGCGCAGGGCGGCUUUCCAAGAUACAGACUUACCGGAGUCGUCUACCACCACGGUAAGAACGCCAGUGGUGGGCACUACACUGUCGAUCUUCGUCGACAAGAAGGCAAGGAAUGGAUCCGCAUGGACGACACCGUCAUUCGUCGCAUUCGUGCCGAAGACGUUGCUGAGGGUGGCGCAGAAGAAGACCCCAAGCUACUCGCUGCCGCUCUUGAGCAGCACAAGAACGAUGCUGGAAAGAGCAAGAACUUCUUUGCUCAAAUUGACAUUGAUGAGGAGGCUUCUGACAAGGGAGGCUGGAACCAGGUCAAUGGAACGGACAAGAGGGAUAACACGAAGAAAUGGGCUGGUGUUGUGAACGGUACAGCGACACCCAAUUCGGCUGGAAAGAGGACACCACUUCCAAAAGAGAAUGUGAGGGACAACAAGGUGGCAUACAUCCUGUUCUACCAACGCAUCGAGUCAUGAAAGAGCGGACUCGAGCAGAAACAGGCAGGGCGUAUACUCAUGAUUUACCACGACCAAAAGUCAUUAGCAGCAUUGCGAACAUGGCAUGGAAAAGCAUAUCCAGAAGCGUAGAGCCGUGGAUGAGCGUUCAUCGGCACCGCUUGCUGGUGCACAAGAGAAGAGGAGGAGCAUUUAGGAGAGCAAGAUACCCUUAUGGGGCGUCAGAUAUAGGAAGAAAGACGAUGC